CGCGCGUGUGUAUGUGUGUGUGCCGUGUCGGGCUCCCCCCUUCCCCCCCUGUUUUCCCGUCGAGUGAUGCACUUGGAAUGAGAAUCAGAGGAUGGAAAUAGUCUGGGAGGUGCUUUUUCUUCUUCAAGCCAAUUUCAUCGUCUGCAUAUCAGCUCAACAGAAUUCACCAAAAAUCCAUGAAGGCUGGUGGGCGUACAAGGAGGUGGUCCAGGGAAGCUUUGUUCCAGUUCCUUCUUUCUGGGGAUUGGUGAACUCAGCUUGGAAUCUUUGCUCUGUGGGGAAACGGCAGUCGCCAGUCAACAUAGAGACCAGUCACAUGAUCUUCGACCCCUUUCUGACGCCCCUUCGCAUCAACACUGGGGGCAGGAAGGUCAGUGGGACCAUGUACAACACUGGAAGACAUGUGUCCCUCCGCCUGGACAAGGAGCACUUGGUCAACAUAUCAGGAGGGCCCAUGACGUACAGCCACCGACUGGAGGAGAUCCGGCUGCACUUUGGAAGUGAGGACAGCCAGGGGUCGGAGCAUCUCCUCAAUGGACAAGCCUUCUCUGGGGAGGUGCAGCUCAUCCACUAUAACCAUGAGUUAUAUACAAAUGUCACAGAGGCUGCAAAGAGUCCAAAUGGAUUGGUGGUAGUUUCUAUAUUUAUAAAAGUUUCUGAUUCAUCAAACCCCUUUCUUAAUCGAAUGCUCAACAGAGAUACUAUUACAAGAAUAACAUAUAAAAAUGAUGCGUAUUUACUACAGGGACUUAAUAUAGAGGAACUAUAUCCAGAGACCUCAAGUUUCAUUACUUACGAUGGGUCGAUGACUAUCCCACCCUGCUAUGAGACAGCAAGUUGGAUAAUAAUGAACAAGCCUGUCUAUAUAACCAGGAUGCAGAUGCAUUCCUUACGCCUGCUCAGCCAGAAUCAGCCAUCUCAGAUCUUUCUGAGCAUGAGUGACAACUUCAGGCCUGUCCAGCCACUCAACAACCGCUGCAUCCGCACCAACAUCAACUUCAGUUUACAGGGGAAGGACUGUCCAAACAACCGAGCCCAGAAGCUUCAGUAUAGAGUAAAUGAAUGGCUCCUCAAGUAGGGAACUAAGCCAAGAAGAAUUCCACCUCAGUGAAAUGCUACAACUGUGAAUUGACGUAACCUAGAAUGUCCUCCUUCUUUCUUCUAUCUCCCUCCUUCACCCAAGCCUCAUUCACUCUUUGGAUUGGCUCUUUCUUCAUAUAAAGUGUCUGAAAAAUGAUGACAGAGGAAUACAUCUCUUACAUACACUCAAACACAAGCACUUUCAGAUACAUACACAAACACACAUGCAAACAUACCUACACACAUGCACACUCAUACAGCCUCGGUGAUGGGAAAUCAAGAUUCAGAAACAAAAGGCUCAUUCAUAAGAGGUCUUAGAAGAAAAAUAACCAGUUAACCUAAUUACAAUUUUGAUACCAUUUUCCUGAACUAAUAAACCUACCUGAUGAGACUUUUCAGCCUUUGUAUAUACAAAAUUCUUCCAAAAGAGAGAGAGGAGAAACACAGCUCUGACAGCAUCAAACAGACUUUGCAUCAACUAAUCUUGGAUAGUGUCCUAGGAUCCUUUGAGGGUGCUGGUGGCAGGUGAGCCAGAACAAGGUUGACCAAGGACACUUAUUUCUAGAUUAUGAUUCUUCUGUUUACUCAACAAUUUAAAAAGAAAAAAAAAAGACAGACAUUGAAGAGCUACACAUUGUAUAUAUAUAUCACCUCAGACUAUAAAGAAAUGGAAUUAUUUCCCUCUUUGUCACAUAUCUGUAGUAGGAUUUGCCAAGAUCAGAAUUGAUCCAUUUGCUGUUUCUUGUUUUUCAAAGGUCAUACAUUGUGUUUGGUUAUUGUUAACAGCUCAAUAAAUGUGUUUAACGAGUUAAUUUCAUUUUUCUGGCUUUGAUCUGUUCUCCUUCCUUACAGGCUAAGCCCUGGCUCCAUGCAGUUGCAUUCUUUGAUUUCACUUGUUCCUUCAUUUACAUGUUUUGUUCAUUUGCAUCCAGUUUUUACUGAAUUUGUGGCAAUCAGGAAUGCAUUUGCUAAGCAAGUAUACCUUUAAAUCCACUCCAUGGCUCGAUCAUUCACAUGAGGUGAGCUUCAGCUUGAGAUAGCAGGCAACAGAUUUCUUGCGUUUCAAAACUGCCAUCCCCCCUGUGAUGCUCCCGUGAAGGAAUGCACUUUGCCUUGUAAAUUCCUGGGAAAGGGGUGUCUUUUCUCUCCAGGUGCAGCCAGAUCUCACAAAGUACAAACGAAUGCCUUUCUUUUCUUGUUUAUAAUGGUCACUCACUGUGUUUGGUUACUGUCAAGAAAUCAAUAAAUGUGUUUAACAAGUUACCCAGUA